AUGAGCGACUCGGACGGUGGCGGCCCCGCAGUCCAGCAGGCCCCGACGCUCAAGAUGCGAGACGAAGUGCUGAAGCAGAUCCUCGCGUCCGGCUUCAACGAGGAGCACAGGAUCGCGCCCGAGGCGCUCUCGCUGACCUCAUCCCUGAUCCGAGCCUUCGCCGCGGAGGCGGCGCAUCGAGCGGCGAGGGAGGCGGAGUCGUGCGGCAGCGAUGAGGUCACUCCGGAGCACCUCGAACGGUUUGUGCAGUCGGCCGCUCUUUGCGGGGCCGCGACGCCUGGCCUGCGCCUGGCCGCCGUCCCCAAUUACUUGUGUCUCCACGCAUGCUUCGGCUUCGCCCAGUGA